AGAAAUCCAGGUAAUUCCAAAGGGUUCACAUACUUUUUCUUGCCACUGUAUAGUUCAUGAGGAGAAGAUGAUUGCAGAUCAUUUUGAGCAUUAGCAUUACAUAUGCAAUGAAUGAGUUGUUCAUAGUUUCCUUGUUUUUUCAGGUAUCAAAACCAAAUUCAGCACGGUUCAUCUUAGGGACGUCCACGAUAGUGGUGACACAUUUCAAGUCGAUAGGCCGCUGUGGAGUAGAUUUACAGCGGUUUAAAUGGACACAAAAAAUCUGAUUUUGGAUUUGUUACUAACUCAUUUGAUGUGUUAAUUGGUCCUAUGGUUCAUGAGAAUAAGUUUUUCAAAUGUUUAAAAAUAUAAAUAUUUUUGGCAUAUUUUAGCAUUAGUUGCUAAUAUGCAUCUGCUGUUAUCGUGCGGCCAUGUCUUUGGACAUGUCAAAUCUGAUGUCUGAGUUAUUGAUAAAUCAGGACAUAUCUUAACCAAUCAAGCAUUUCUCAAACUAAGUUAAGCGAUGUACCAUGGACCUACAUACCAAACUUGGUGUUCUUUGGACAUAUGGUUCGUGAGAAUGUGUUUUUCAGGUUUUCCAAAAUGUCCAAGAUGGAGGAAAAUCUAUCCUAAUGGACCUUACGGGUCCUUGAGGCAAAUUUGUUCAGCAUGAGGAAAGACACCUGUAUUUCAAGUCUCGAGGUCAAACGGGUCGGCGAAUAUGAGGGUCUAAGUGAGACUACUGGCCAAUCGGUGCCAUUCUUUUUGACCAAGUUACUCACGGCCUCUAGUUUCUGUGUGCCGAUUUAGAUGUUGUUUUUCUAACCAAUCUAUGCUUGAGUUAUUGAAAUGAAGAUGAUCAAAAGCGUGGCUCACUUCUGGCCACAGCACACACACACAUUAUUGACCCCUGAACACAAUGCUCAAGCUCCAACCUUUCAAAACACACCAACAGCCCCGGCUCUCUCCUCCACUGAGAGCUCAUUGGGCAGUGCCUCCUAUCUGACUCCGCUGAUUGGCUAUUGAAUGUUGCCUCGCAGGCAGCAGAGGAACUGUCAGCAGGAGGGGACAGGGAGAAAGAAGAGAAAGAGAGAGAGGGAGGAUACAGUGUAAUAUUGUGAGAGGGAGAGAGCAAAACAGAGAGAGUAAUAGAGGAGGCAAGAGCACCUUCAGGCAAAAGGAGGAAGAAGAAAAAAGGGAAAGUAGGAAAUUCCUGUCUGUGUGGCUAAAGCUGUUUACGUCCGAGGUUGAAGACAAGGAGGGGCUGUGACUGAGAUGAGAGCGCUGCUGUAGCUGGGUCCAAUUCUAAGGAUGCUGGGGUGGAAGUGAGGUUCUAUAGCGGUUCCACAGCAGUUCCACAGUACCACCAGGCAGGAACCAACGCUGGGAUGCAGAACCUACGACAAGCAGCCACGGAGGCUUUCCAUCGCCUGGGUCUGAAGCAAAGACAGCUGGGAUAUGAGGAGUUGGAUGAGACGGACCCGUCCAACUCCAAGCCCCGGCCUCACUGGUUCCACACGCUGCAGGUCCGCAGGCUGGCGGUCCAGAGAGGACGCAGCAACAGUGACCCUAUGGGAGGGAAAAGUUUCGAUCAGGACUUCCAAUGGAAAACAGGCCUACAGUUUGGCACAGCCAACUCCUACCUGAACCUGGAGAAGAUAGGGGAGGGGACAUACGCUACAGUCUACAAGGGAAUCAGCCGGAUAAACGGGCACCUGGUGGCCUUGAAGGUGAUCCGUAUGAAGACGGAAGAAGGCGUACCAUUCACUGCCAUCCGAGAGGCCUCCCUCCUAAAAGGCCUGAAACACGCCAACAUUGUCCUGCUCCAUGACAUCAUCCACACCAAAGAGGCACUCACAUUUGUCUUUGAGUACGUACAAACAGAUUUGGCUGAGUAUAUGACGCAGCACCCAGGAGGCCUGCAUUCCUACAAUGUCAGGAUCUUCAUGUUCCAGCUGCUGCGGGGUCUGUCCUACAUCCACGGUCGGAGGAUCCUGCAUCGGGACCUUAAACCCCAGAACCUGCUCAUCAGCUACCUGGGGGAGCUCAAACUGGCUGACUUCGGGCUGGCCCGGUCCAAGUCCAUCCCGUGCCAGACCUAUUCAUCUGAGGUGGUGACUCUGUGGUACCGGCCUCCUGAUGUCCUCCUGGGUUCCACUGAUUACUCCACUGCUCUGGACAUCUGGGGAGCUGGAUGCAUCUUCAUUGAGAUGCUCCAGGGGACGCCAGCCUUUCCAGGGGUGGCAGACGUCUUUGAGCAGCUGCAGAACGUAUGGACUGUCGUAGGGGUCCCGACUGAGGAGACGUGGCCAGGAGUGAACGAGCUGCCCAACUUCAGACCAGAGUGGUUUCAACCAUGUCAGCCCCAGCAAUUCAGGAAUGUUUGGAAAAGACUGUCCAAGUUGCCCUAUAAGACAGAGGACCUGGCCCAGAAGAUUCUGAUCACCAUCCCACGAGACCGCAUCUCGGCCCAGGAUGCACUGCAGCACCCCUAUUUCAACACGCUACCACCCCCCAUCAUGCAGCUACGAGACACUGUAUCAGUCUUCAAGGUCCCCGGAGUGAGGCUGGAGACAGAGGUGAAGGAUAUCUUCAGUCCCAGUCUAAGGAUCAGACCGUCCCAGCUGGUGCCCUUGGCUAAGUGCUGGUGAUAAUGGACCCCUAACCCACUGGGCUUGACCCC